AUGGGGACACCGGUGCUUGUCGUGCUGUCCCUGCUGCUCCUUCUGCGUCCGGCGGUCCUCCAGGAGAGCCAAACCCGGCCUUACUCUCUGACUUUUCUCUAUACUGGAUUGUCCAAGCCCAGUGAAGGCUUCCCCAGGUUUCAGGCCACCGCCUACCUCAAUGACCAGGCCUUCUUCCACUACAAUAGUGAAGGCAGGAAGGCCAAGGCUCUGGGACCCUGGAGCCAGGUGGAAGGAAUGGAAGACUGGGAGAAGGAGAGUGAACUUCAGAAGGCCAGGGAGGAAAUCUUCUUAGUGACCCUGAAGGACAUCAUGGACUAUUACAAGGAUGGAGAAGGGUCUCACACCUUUCAGGGAAUGUUUGGUUGUGAGCUCCGGAAUAACAAAAGCAGUGGAGCAUUCUGGAGGUACGCCUAUGAUGGCCAAGACUUCAUCGAGUUCAACAAGGAAAUCCCAGCCUGGGUCCCCUUGGACCCAGCAGCCCAGAACACCAAGCGGAAAUGGGAGGCAGAAGAAGUCUACGUGAAGCGAGCAAAGGCCUACCUGGAGGAGGAGUGCCCCGGGAUGCUGCAGAGGUACCUGAACCACAGCAAGCCUCAUCUGGACCAACAAGACCCUCCCUCAGUGUCAAUCACCAGCCACAUGGUCCCAGGAAAAAACAGGAUCCUCAAGUGCGUGGCCUAUGACUUCUACCCACAAGGAAUUGAUCUGCACUGGACUAGGGCCAGUGAAGCGCAGAGGUCUGAGUCAGGAGGAGGUGUUCUUCCCAGUGGAAAUGGUAUAUACCAGUCCUGGGUGGUGGUGGAAGUCCCUCCUCAAGACACAGCAACCUACACCUGCCACGUGGCACACAGCAGCCUGGCCCAGCCCCUCGCCGUGCUAUGGAGUGACACACAGGAAACGAGAGGUGAAGACAAAUUGGAGACUCAGCCCCAAUAG